AUGGGAUCCCAACCAGCCCGGCCGAUCCAGCUCCCCGGGUUCGGCCUGCCCCUGAACCACAGGCCCCAGACGAGCACCUUCCCGAAUGCGUUGGACGAGGAAGACAUCGACUGUGACGACGUCGGCCCCGGUUUCAUGCCUGACGCGUCCCAGGUAUCUGACCGUGAGAUCACCGCGCGAUGGCGCAGGGAGGUCUUCGAAUUGCGGCAGGAUGUGACCACCAAUAUGAUGAACUGGAUCAUCCAGGAGAUGCAGUGGAAGGCGGGCGUCCUGCACGAACAGGGCCUGCUCUCGGUCUUCGACGUCGGGGUGGUGCGUUCCGAUACGGCCGUCUCCCCGGCCGUCCAGCAGCGGCUGCGAGAGGCGGUGGUCCUCCUGGAGCAAAGCCCAUGGGGCAAGGACUACCACCCCGGGUCGGACGAGAAGGUCGUGAAUCUGGUGCACCCGUCGCUGUUUCCCGUGGUCUACGGCCGGACGCGCAUCCUCCCGGCCGGGGUCCUGGCGGACGUGGGGAACGCGGAGGAUGCGCCCCAUACAGCUGCAGAUUCCAGUGGCUGCCCUGCGAUGUGGCGCUGCCCCAGGAGGGAGGCUGCCGCCAUCCUCGAUGCUACGAUCCCGCUCUGGGACAGCAGUCUGGCCCCUAUCCGACAGUGGCCGCAUGGGCGCAUCCGCUACGCCGAGUGGGAACGCUCGCGGCCCAUCGAGCUGCCCGAACCCGGGGCGUUCAGCCCCCCGCCCCGGGCGUGGUGGAGGGGGUCGGUGCACCUCCGGGACGGUUUCCGGCAGCAAGGCCUCCAGGUCACUGUCAAACUGGCCAACAUCGAACUGAGCCCCGCGAGGCCGGACUAUGGGGGUGGCUCGUGGCAUCCUGAAAGGCAAAUGAACGAGCGCAUCUGCGCCACGGCGAUCUACUACUACGACAGCCACAACAUCACCGUGAGUCGCCUGGCCUUCCGUCAGCGGGCCUCUAUGCCGGAGGGUGUGUACUACCCCCAGGACCAGCCCGAGUUCCUGCAGGCCGUCUAUGGCUUUGGCCCCGAGGUCCAGGGCUACAACGACAGUCCCAUCACCCAGGAUCUCGGCAGCGUCCUGUGCGCGGACGGCCGACUGGUCACCUUCCCCCACACGGUGCAGCACCGCGUGUUGCCCUUCAGCCUGGCGGAUCGCUCGCAUCCGGGCCAUCGAAAGAUCCUCGCCCUGUUUUUGAUCGACCCCCAUCGCCCCAUCAUCUCCUCGGCCAAUGCCCCCCCGCAACAAGAGGAUAGGGCUCGCGAGCGCCGCGAGGUCGUCUGUCGCCUCUUUUCCGAAAGGCUUUCGGCCGAGUUGCAGGAUAUCGUGUCCGAGAACAUGACCGACGGGGCCAUGACCAUGGAGAAGACCAAGGCAUACCGAUUAGAAUUAAUAGCAGAAAGGAGCAUCAAGCAGAAAAGACAGAAUGAAAUUUUUGAGAUCGGGAGCUUCUCACUCUGCGAACAUUAG